AUGCUACUUGAAGUAGGGAGAGAUUUGGAGCGAAGAGUUGGAGCAGUCGCAGUUAAGCGAGAAGCGACCCGAAGGCGCUCGAACCCGGCGACGGGCCGGAGACGCCAGAAGACGCCGGAAGGCGUCACGUGUCCUGCUGUCGAAGAGAAUUUUUAUAUCUAUCUAUCUACCGAUUUAUCUCUCUAUCUAUCUAAGUUUAUUCAUAUCUAUCUAAGAUUAUUCAUAUCUAUCUAUCUUUCUAUCUCUCUAUCUAAGUUUAUACAUAUCUGUCUAUCUAUUUAUCUAUCUAAGUUUAUUCAUAUCUGUCUAUCUGUCUAUCUAUCUAUCUAUCUAUCUAAGAAUAAACAUAAAAUGCACUGUUUACAUCAGUGUCAGACUGUUCAUAUCUAUCUUUCUGUCUCUAUCUAUCUCAGACUGUUCACAUCUGUCUCAGACUUUUCACGUCUGUCUCAGACUGUUCACAUCUAUCUCGGACCGUUCACUAUCUAUCUCUCUCUCUAUCUCAGCCUCCCGAUUGUCGUUGAAGAACAGCCUCCAACACUGGCCAUCUGUUUAGGUAAUUUAGAUUUUUUUGGUGGAGAUGGUGCCUUAAUUCUUUCUUUCUUUCUUUCUUUCUUUCUUAUUCUCAAUUUUAUCUCACAAGUGGUGAAGGGUCAAUAG